AUGCAACUCGGGAUUAGGGGAGCCGAAAUUGAAAGGAAGCUGCAACUACAGGAAUUGGAGUGCCUUCGACUAGAAGUAUAUGAGAACUCAAUACUCUACAAAGAAAAGGUGAAGGUGGUGCAUGACAAGAAUAUCAAGAGAAGAGAGUUUAGAGCUGGGGAUUUGGUCCUCCUCUAUAACUCAAGGCUGAGACUCAUGCCAGGAAGGUUGAGGUCAAGGUGGGAAGGACCCUACAGGGUGGAAAAGGCUGAGCCUUAUGGAGUCUUCCACUUGAGUCACCUUUCAAGCCCCACCUUCUUCAAGGUAAAUGGCCACCGCUUGAAGUUAUAUCAUGAUGAGAAGAUGAAGAGCAACAAGGAGCUGGAGAUCUUCCUCUUGAAGGAUCCCGCAUAA